ACGGUUGACAGAGUCGACGGUGGCGAAUCAAAAAAAAAAAAAGACUAGACGGUGGCGGAAAAUGGCGUGCGGUCUCCUGCCGCUGCUCCACGGCCCCCUCUCCUCUCCGCCUCGUCCCCUCGUCCCCUCCCGCUCCUCCUCCCUCCUCGCGCCCGGGACCCUGCCCCUAGCCCCUCGCCGGAGCAGGGUUUCGCGUCACCUGUCCCCUGCCCCUCCGCGCGCGCUCCCGGACAUUGCCGCGGCGGCGGCGGGCCUCCGGGACGCGGUCGCCGGCGCCUUCCAGGCGUCCCCGCCUACGUGGAGCUCGGCUGCCACAACCAACGUCGCCAUCUUCGUCGCGGGCACGCCGCUGCUCCUCUCCGGCCUCUCCGCCUCCGGCAUCGCGGCCGCCUACGUCCUCGGCACCCUCACGUGGCGCGCAUUUGGGGCCCGGGCUUACCUCCUCGUCGCCGCCUACUUCGUGGUGGGCACAGCAGUGACCAAGUUAAAGAUAAAACAAAAAGAAGCUUUGGGAGUGGCUGAGAAAAAAGGAGGAAGGAGAGGUCCUGGUAGUGUUAUUGGUUCUAGUGCUGCUGGUUGUGUCUGUGCUCUCCUAUCAGUAUAUAAUGUGGGCGGGGGAGCAUUCGCGGAACUCUGGACACUUGGCUUUGUUGCAAGUUUCUGUACUAAACUCAGUGAUACAGUUUCCAGUGAAAUAGGGAAGGCAUAUGGAAGAACAACUUACCUAGUGACAACAUUUAAGAUUGUUCCAAGAGGUACAGAAGGUGCAGUCAGUGUUGAGGGCACUCUUGCUGGAAUUGUAGCAUCAACGUUUCUGGCAGGGAUUGGUUAUAUUUUGGGGCAGGUAAAUCUACCACAGGGUGUGCUAUGUGUUCUUGCAUCCCAGAUUGCAAAUUUUGGCGAGAGUUUGAUUGGCGCAACGCUGCAGGAUAAGGAAGGUUUUGAAUGGAAGGCCUUUGGAUCAUAAGAAUCGGUUCACCAAAUUUCUAUGGAAUCCAUUCCUAUACACUCCAUUCCAUAGGAAUUACAGCAUGAACUCAAACCUCAUUUUAUUUUUUCCUAAGUCCAAUGCAGGUGCACUCAUUCUCUCUACUCUCUCUCAAUCCUCUAAAAUUCUUGUGUUUAUUACCUGUGCACCAUCCAAAGACAUCUCUUAUAAAAUUCAUGUUUUUCGAAAUCCUGUAGGAAUUCAUAGUAGUUGACAUCAAUCUGUCUUACAUUUUUCCUAUCCCUGCAAUCCAAAAAAGGCCUUAGUUUCCCUAGUAAAGCUGUGUUUGCCUUUUGUGUUCUGUUAUACUCUUGUUGUUGAAAGUUUAGCCUCAUAUUUGCAUCACCAAGUUGGCCUGCCUGAACACUGUGAGUAACUAGGCAAAGUCUCCUUUUGGCAUUGUGAUGGAUUGUGAUAAUCUUAUUUGGUUGGACUCCUUUUGGAAUCUGAGUGUUUGGGCUGGCUAGAUUGUUCUUGAUCUAGUUGCUAAUAAAUAUAUUAUUGCACUCUGAAACUCACUAGAUCAAAUGUGAGAAGACAAUUAUGGAAUAGCAUAACUUUAAUUCGAUUUAGCAAACAUUGUAAUACUGAGAGCUAUGAAAAAUAAGUACAGCCGUCACAACAACCACAAAUUGCCCAAUGCUAUGGUGAAAAUUUUCAAACAGGGGAAUCUUGCAUGUGCCAGUUAUAUUUAUCUCUUUUGGACAAUCAUCCUCUCUUUGUACUCAACAUGCAUUCCUAGGUCGUUUGUAGCCUAAAUGAUGGCGGGUAUUUUUCAGCAUAUGUCAUGGUGUAGUUGCCACCAUAUAAUCCCCAUUCAGUGGUGCGUGUCUCUGUAAUGUAGGUUCAUGAAGGCCUGAACGAUAUUUCAGCCUAUGGCAUAAUGCAAAUGCCAUUGUAAUAAAUAAAUUAAUAGGCCUAUUUUUUGGUAUUGGCUGUACCAAUUGAUGCAUAGUCCAGAAAUGCAUAUUGUCGAGGCUUGCGGGUGCAGAAUCUACCAAUUUAAUAUCCACGUUUCUGUUUCACUAGGGCAUGUGGUUUUGGAGAAAAAAAAUAACCCCAGAAUCAUUGAUGUCUGUACAGCACUCUUGAUCCCUCUUCUUUUAGGUGUGUCAAGUAAAAAUCUCGGGCUAAUUAGAUAUGGAACAUUCAGUUAACAGAAUUAGUGUAGACCCAUGUCUCCCGAACAAUAGUAACCAGGAUAGUGUCAUCCGCAUUGAUGUAUACUCUUAUUUAAGCUGUUCUUUUGGUUUACUUUUCAGGGUCACAUUAUCUGCACAUUAUAUAGUUAUAUGUUGACACCAGAAGUU